GCUGCGCACAGAUGCUGGUCCUCCUUUGAUGCGCACUGAAAAGUGUUCCUCUUUGAACCGCAGUGCCAAAUUCAGCAGUUUGACGAGGUUUAUUUCAUCCGAUAGAGCAAGAUGCCAAGAGUUUUUUAAACGGUUUUCGUUUUAAUUGCAGAUGCUGUGUCUACGAAAGGAAGAGAGGGUACUUUUACAGUUACGCUUACAGUAGCCUGACUGGAAACUUGAGGAAAGUGAAAAAAAACCUUCUGUGGGAGAAACGACAAGGGCGACGGUGACGGAGCAUGGGGAGCUUCAAGGGCCACAUCCUGCCGGGGAGCUUCUUCCUGAUCGCAGGCCUGUGGUGGGCGGGCAAGUACUCGCUCUGGUACGCCACCCGCAGGAACAAGAGCGCCGGUGCAGGCCGCCUGGCCACCCGAGCAAUGCAGCGCCGCAUGGAGAUCCUAGAGGGCGCUGUGGUGCUCUCCUUCUCUCUGAUUGGUAUCGUGGCGGAGCAGUUUGUGUCUGCGGGGCCGCGGUUCCACCUGUUUGCGGGGGCGCAGCACGAGUGGGCGCAGCUGAUGAUCUGGCAGCACUGCACCAUGUACGUGUUCUUCGCCCUCUCGGGCGCCACCUCCCUCGCCCUGCACACCACCGACCUGGCGCCGCUCGCCCUCGACCGCCUCAUGCUCGCCAUCGCCUUCUUCAACGAGGGGUUCCUGUUCAUGUACCACCUGCACGGGCGGGACAUGCUGGAUGUGCAUGUGCACCAGCUGCUGCUGUACGCCGUGUUCUGUGGCGCUCUCACCGCCCUGCUGGAGAUGUUCCACCGCGGGAACCUGCUGCUCGAGCUGCUGCGCUCCACCAUGUGCCUGCUGCAGGGGAGCUGGUUCUGGCAGGUGAGUGUGUGUGUGUGUGUGUGUGUGUGUGUGUGUGUGUGUGUGUGUGCCCUGCUGGAGAUGUUCCACCGCGGGAACCUGCUGCUCGAGCUGCUGCGCUCCACCAUGUGUCUGCUGCAGGGGAGCUGGUUCUGGCAGAUUGGCUUUGUGCUGUACCCUCCCAGUGAGGUCAAGUGGGACCUGAAGGAUCACAACAACGUGAUGUUCAUCACCAUGUGCUACUGCUGGCAUCUGGCCUGUGCCAUCAUCACCGUCUCUGUCAUCUACUGCACCGUCUGCUGUGUGGUACGCACCAAGUUGAGGAGAAUGCCCCCCAUGGAGAUGGGUCUGCUCAAACCCAGAGACACGGGGGGGGACUCUGAAGACGAGGUUUUGUGAGAAGCUCCCGUCCGUUCCCCUCCAGCCAACAGCCCCUCUGGUUGGACCCUGCAGAACUGAUACCUCAACGUUAGCGUUAGCGUUAGCGGGACCAGCAGCAGCGUCUGCCAUCAAUACAGCACUGAAUGUCCUCACAGGUCUCCUGGAGCGGGAAUGCCAUCCAUGCUAAUCGGUGCUGCUAGUCCUCCUUACUGUUUUUCAUGUCAAACCAUGAUGCUUAAAUUUGCCGGCUUGAGCCACAUGUUUACAGAGCUGCCAGGGAAUGAGAAAAUAGUCAUCGAAUUCAUAUGCUUUCAGCAGAUUCCUUAACUUCAUCUUAAAGCUGAAGUAAAACCAGCACAAUGUUUUAGGGUACUGAACUAAGUCGUCUGUACAUCCUGACAGACAUCAUUAAAAUAGACUCACUUGGACACUCCUGUCACUAGAAACUAGAGUGAUCAAAGUGCCGAGUAAGGAACGUCCAGACGCAUGGGUAUAUUUGCCAGCUGAUUUCCCAUGCGUGUGAAGACCGUAGGUGCCUCUCAUGCAGCGUUUAUACGUCCUCCCUCGCUCCUCGGGCCUCGAUCCUCACUGAUCUACAUAAAGAAUGAUGGGGCGGCAACAAGGGAUAGACUAUCCCUUCUUCUAUCUUUCUUUAUGUAGAUCAGUGAGGAUGGAGGCCCGAGGAGCGAGGGAGGACGUAUAAACGCUGCAUGAGAGGCACCCCAUAGUUACCAUGGAGCCCUGAAGUGGUUCAGUAGCAUCACAUGGCGUUAGCAUCGCCCUAGCAACAGUGUAGCCUGGACCGGUGCUGUAAAGAGUCCAAUACCAACUUUUUUUCAGGGGAUCAAAGUCCCGUUUUUUCAGGUACUGAAGGGAAUGGAGAGAAAAGGAUAAAAAACAUGAACAUGAGAAAUUUAACUUGAAUUAUUUUGUUUUUAUCAUAUAACUAGUAACUUAACUUAGUCAAUGAUUUAAAUUGAGCAAAUGCCAGGCAUUGAAAACUACAUAUGAAGGUACGGUUGGCAGAGCUGUCUGGGGUUCAGGCUCUGGUCGAAUCCGUCCACACAGUAUUAUUAUGAUAAUAUAUUAUAGUAGCAUAUCAUAAUACUAUAGAUUAUUCUAUAGUAUUAUUAUUUUAUACUAAGAUGAUCACAUGGAACCGCUCGAAGGUUUAAUAAUGAUAAACCUAUGACUGAGGCACUUUUGAUCAUCAAAUCAACACUGUCCAAAGAAAUAUGUUUUUUUUGUAUGUUGUUUUUUUUAUAUAUAUAUAUUUUGUAUUAUGUAAACAAAUCCCAUUAUUAUCAAGAUGCAGAUGCACUGUAUUUUAAAUUGAACUGCGAAGUGUUUAAAGUACCUUGUUGCUUCUGGAUAUUUAUUGUGUCCUCUUGUCUUUGAUAUAACGGUAGCCUAUAACAUGUUCAUUCGGAAUACUAAUAAAACAAAAUAUGCUUGCAUUGUG